AUGAGCACAACAGAUAGAUCAGCUUUAUUGACUUCAUUUAAGAAGAUUGACAAAGACAACUCCGGGGACAUCGACUUUCAAGAGUUUUGGGGAGCUGUUGGUGAUGAUGUUCGCAAGCUUGGUGAACAGCAAGUGAAAGUCUUUUUUUGCACUGCAGAUUCCGACGAAAAUGGGAAGAUGGAUUUUGAGGAGUAUGUCAAGAUCAACAAGGCAAUAGCACAGAUGAAAAAUUUGAAUCAAGAAAACAUCUCUCGAGCGCUUUUUAUGUUAACAGACACUAACAACAAUGGGACUUUAGAAAAGAAGGAAAUUGCUCGGCUAAUGAGAUCAACGGGGAAGCCCCACGACAAAAAGACCAUCGACAGAAUUUUUAGUGUGAUGGAUAAAAACAACGAUGGUCAUGUGACAUUUGACGAGUUUUAUGCGGCUCUUUCUCAAUAA